CCCGCCGCUCAAGCCCUGGAGCGGACGGUUCCUACUGCGGCUGGGCACCGGCUCCGCUCCCGCGUCUGCCCGCGCUCCAGCUGCGCCCGGCCCGGCCUCGGCCCGGCUUGGCGCGGCCCCGGCCUCCGAGCGAAGGCGCCGCUGCCGCUGGGCCGCUCCCAGGGCCAUGAGGAAGCGGCGGCAGCCACUGCGGCCAGCGUCAAGGUGACCGGCCGGGACUGCGGCGGCGGGGAGAGCGGCGGACUUCUCCAGACAGGUUAUGUUACCUGCAGAGGCUGCCCUGAAGCUCCCUGUGGCCUGGAGACUAUGUACAAGAGGAAUGGUCUGAUGGCUAGCGUGUUGGUCACCUCUGCCACUCCACAGGGCAGCAGCAGCUCGGACUCUCUGGAGGGCCAGAGCUGCGACUAUGCCAGCAAGAGCUAUGAUGCUGUUGUCUUCGAUGUCUUGAAAGUGACCCCAGAGGAGUUUGCUAGCCAGAUUACAUUAAUGGAUAUACCUGUGUUUAAAGCUAUCCAGCCGGAGGAACUAGCCAGCUGUGGAUGGAGUAAGAAGGAGAAACACAGUCUUGCCCCUAACGUUGUGGCCUUUACCCGGAGGUUUAACCAGGUCAGUUUUUGGGUUGUACGAGAAAUUCUAACAGCACAGACUUUAAAAAUAAGGGCAGAAAUCCUCAGCCAUUUUGUGAAAAUAGCCAAGAAACUUCUAGAACUCAACAACCUUCAUUCUCUCAUGUCUGUGGUGUCAGCAUUACAAAGUGCUCCCAUCUUCAGGCUGACAAAAACCUGGGCUCUUUUGAAUCGAAAAGACAAGACUACCUUUGAGAAAUUGGACUACCUGAUGUCGAAAGAAGAUAAUUACAAGCGGACACGGGAAUAUAUCCGAAGCCUGAAGAUGGUUCCAAGUAUUCCCUAUCUAGGAAUCUAUCUUCUGGAUUUAAUCUACAUUGAUUCUGCAUAUCCUGCCUCAGGCAGCAUCAUGGAAAACGAACAAAGAUCCAAUCAGAUGAACAAUAUUCUUCGAAUAAUUGCUGAUUUACAAGUUUCCUGCAGCUAUGAUCACCUCACCACCCUGCCCCAUGUGCAGAAGUACCUGAAGUCUGUACGCUACAUUGAAGAGCUCCAGAAGUUUGUGGAAGACGACAACUACAAACUGUCGCUCAGAAUCGAACCAGGAAGCAGCUCUCCAAGACUAGUCUCUUCCAAGGAAGAUCUUGCAGGUCCCUCUGCUUGCGCCGGUUCUGCGAGGUUCAGCCGGAGGCCCACUUGUCCUGAUACAUCUGUUGCUGGCAGCCUCCCCACACCUCCAGUCCCCAGACACAGGAAGAGCCACAGCCUAGGCAACAAUAUGAUGUGUCAGUUGAGUGUAGUUGAGAGUAAAAGUGCGACAUUCCCAUCGGAGAAAGCAAGGCACCUACUGGACGACAGUGUCCUAGAGUCCCGCAGCCCCCGAAGGGGCCUGGCCCUGACCUCCUCCUCUGCUGUCACCAAUGGACUCUCCCUAGGAGGUCAUCCUGUUUGGAGCCAGUCAGGGUUAUACAACGGCUCAGGACAAUGUGUCCAGGGUUCCGAGGUGUGCCUUGGGAGAAGAGUUCCAGGUCAUGCAUGCGGAAAGGCUGGGUUGAGCAAAGGCAGUAGUGAGAGCUCAGAGUUUAGUGAAGAGAUGUCUUCAGGGCUGGAAAGCAGGGGACGUCUCUAUGCCACCCUGGGGCCCAACUGGCGGGUUCCAGUUAGGAAUUCUCCCAGAACCCGGAGCUGUGUCUACAGCCCCACCGGCCCAUGCAUCUGUUCUCUGGGGAACUCCGCAGCUAUGCCCACCAUGGAGGGGCCUCUGAGAAGAAAAACCCUGCUCAAGGAAGGGCGGAAGCCUGCACUGUCCUCGUGGACCAGGUACUGGGUCAUACUCUCAGGAUCCACCCUCCUGUACUAUGGAGCCAAGUCCUUGCGGGGCACAGAGAGAAAACACUAUAAAUCCACACCUGGCAAAAAGGUUUCCAUCAUGGGCUGGAUGGUGCAGCUGCCCGAUGACCCCGAGCACCCAGAUAUCUUCCAGCUGAACAACCCUGACAAAGGCAAUGUUUACAAGUUUCAGACUGGUUCCCGAUUUCAUGCAAUACUGUGGCACAAGCAUUUGGAUGAUGCAUGUAAAAGCAACAGGCCUCAGGUACCUGCAAACCUUAUGUCAUUUGAGUAAGUCUCUGCAGGAUGUGGAAUGACUUCAGAGGCUUCUGGGAACCCAGGCUGGGCCUGGUGGUGAAGAGCAGUCCUGGGCACAGGCUGUGAGCCAGGGUGCUGGGAAUCUCACAGCCAGACUCAGGGGACACAGCCUGUGGCCUCACCAUCCCAGAGGGCUUCACCAGUGUGGGAUCCACCUGUCAGUCCCCAGCGACUCUCAUGACACUCAUUCUGCAGCACUGCCUCUUGGGGCAGUGGUGAGACCCCAGACUGGACACCCCGCUCUCCCUCUCUGGGCCCACCACCUGCAUCUGCGACUAGAGAGCGCCCGGCCCACGUUGGGUUCUCAGCGCUUUCUACUGUGCAGAGUGGACAGCGCUAACUAACCUGCGAGAGGGACCUGAGAGAAGGAACAGCUGUGGAACAGGCUUUUUACACCCCAAGUGCAUGGGGUUGCUCGCCCACAGGGCUGCCUCAGAUUUUGUACAACCCCGAAGCGUCCUCUGCGUGUGCGUGCUGUACGUGUGUGUGUGAGCGAGUGUGAACUCUUCAAGAAACAUGCAUUUUGGCACAAGACUUGUGACAUCACACACUUCAUUCGCUUUGAGGCCCUGCUUUAACCUUAAGUUACAGCCCUGUCCACCGAGGAAGGUCAGUGUGAGAGCCUAGAUUCCUCCUGUGUUAAGGGUCCCUCGCAUUCUUUUACUGUAAACAAACAAUGCCUUAAAUUGUGUCUUGUUUUCUGUUCCUAUGGGUGCUAUUCAUCUGGAAGGCCUGCCUCCAGGCCUCUUUGCUGUCAGCCCUUCUGAGACAGGACCUGGCUUCAGGACUGUGGACUGGGCUGCUAGCCUGCUUGCUUCCUCCCUUCCCCAUUCCUAGCAGGGCCUGAGGCCCUCCUCUUCUCACCCUUCCCACCAUGCCAGAAUGGGAAGUUGUGACGUUGCAGCUCCAACCAACGUGCUCAUAGUGAUCAGCUGUGCAGGAGCCACGAGGCACCAACUUCUCCCCGCAGGGCAAAGCCUGUGCCCCCAUCAUCUCACCCCUUUGCCUGCACUGCCAGGGUGGGGCCCACCAAGAUUCCUGAUCAUGACGGGAAGCUGAGUGACCCUGAGGCCUUAAGCUUCCCCAGUCUUGGCCCCAAAUGCAGUCACCAGCAAGUUUUCCAUUUUCCAAGUCCAAGGGCACAAUUGUUGAUGACCGUGUGACAACAGAGCAGAGCCCCGGGGAGUGAACGGUCCAACCUCUGCAUUCAGUUAGGAGCUCUUUACACGAACCACAUCCUUAUCUGUCACCUUUUGUCACAUUUUAAAGUGAUUUUUAUUUUGCACAAAUAAUUUUUAUUCAAAAUAAUAAAUCACUCUUUAUCACAGUAUCUUCUCUUCCCCCUUCCCCUUUAGUUUGGAUAGCCUAACUCUGAGAAGUUAACCCUUAAACAGUUUUCUGGAAGAGACUGAAUUUCUGGGUCCUUGUAGCUGUAAUGGUUUCAGAGCUCAGACUAAUCAGGCAUCAAGCUACCCUCAAGAGUUUCUGGGCUGGAUGCUUCAGAACAACAUCUACACCAGUAAACUAUAAUAGGUCAGUUUCAAAACGACCAAAAGACCCAUCACUGUAUUUUGACCAAAUAAUGACAACUUCUCUAGAAAUUUGAAUGGCUUGGUGAGGAAAGUAGUUGUCACCAGGGCUUCAUUUUGUAGUUGAGCCUUACAGUGCUUAGUACUUCAUCUUCUUUCUGAGCGAAGACUAGAAUACUUUCCUUCUAAGAGAAACUCCCAGGUGAUAAAGUUGAUGCCAUCAAACCUUGACACUGGGUGCUUUGCACACCCACGCGGAUGUUGCACCUCAUUCUCCCGAUGACUAUUCAAAUCAGCAUCUAGAGGCUGAAUGACAAUGCCAAACACUCCACCUCUGAUCAGAACCAUGCAGUGUUAACACUUUAACCUACAUUGAAUCUGAUUCUACCUGUUAACUUUUAAAAAGUUGUAAGUUUGGAUGAAAGUGCAAGAUGUGGAACAUCAACUACCUAUUUUCCUUGGGUUUUUCCACUCUGCAAACUGUCCUGGUUUUUCAUACCAAUGAAGUAUUAUAGAUGCCAAUCCAAAACCUCAGAAUUUCAGGCACCACAAAAACAGGUAAUUUUCUAUCCCUUACAAGUUUGUCUUUUCUUUCACAAACAUCUCUGAGCCUAAUGUGAAAUAGCACAAUCACAAUUCAAAAUGGUUAGUCUUCUCACUAAUUGAGUCUGCUUCCUCGUCCUCUCCCAAGAACAUUCUUAGCUCGGACUCUUGAAGAAUCUCUUUAGAUUUUGUUGGUAAAAGCCUUAUAGAAGCAGUAAGAGCCUUGACCACACCGGAAGAGUCCUGGAGCUAAAGCUGGAAGACACUCAGCUCUCUAAGCAGGGGCUCGGCCAAACAUGGGCGUUAAGUGCUGCUUGUCUUCCCAGUGUUGAUUUGAACCCUGUGAGCCUGAGACAGAGAGGGCCAGGCACCAACCACAAGGCGGGAAAGUCCAUGGGUGGACCCUCCCCCCUGGAGGGAAGCAUUUCUAGUUUUUGCUCCUUGACUGCCCAGAGUGUACAAAUGUUCAUAAAGCCAUUGAAGGGAUUAUUUCUUAUAUGCAUAUGCUGUAUUUUUUAAGCAAAUGGAUCAUGGCACCCCAAAAUGAAAGUUAUAGAAAGCUGUCUACAACUGUGGAGUUGGUAGCUGGUAACAUUGUUGUCCCAAGAACAACUCACCUCUCUCCCUAGGACUAAUUUUUGUCUCUCUGUUGAACAUGUUUUGUCAUUCAAGAUCAGUCAGGUGCAUUCUGGCAACGGACGUACUCGAUGGAGGAUUGGUUCGGCAGAGAGCAGUAGAAACCUUGUUGUAACUGUGCCCAGUGAGAGACUUUGGCCCCCUCCCUCCCUAUAAGGCUGUGGAACCUGAGGAAGUAGAUACUUGAAGAGAUUUUGUUUAGGAAGAAACUCACUCUCUUUUGCCAAUUGAAUUUAUAGAGCAUUUUUUUUCUUACCAAGAUGGCCAGUUAUCAUCUUAUCCCCACCUCCCAAGCCCCAAGAGGUGUACCUUUUCAGAUGCCAUUUUACAGGCGGAAAUGCUCCAUGAAACAGGAAGCCACUUGUAAGCAACAUCUGCUCUGUUCCUCGGGUGGGGCCCAGAGCCCUUCCCCGAGACUGCUGAUGGCUGUGACCACUGGGGAGCACUGCCAAAACUACAGCUUUCUGGUUUGUGAGCCCAUAAAUGACUUAAAUCAGCUUUACAUCAUUUUUACAUAUCAAGUGGUUUCAUGUUAAAAAAACAAACUCCUAGUCCUUUAGAAAUAACAGAUUCUGUGCACAAAACCACCCAUUCAUUCACAUCACUAGCAAGUGCUGCCUGUGCUAAGAACAAGUCAGAUCUGAUCCCUGCCCUCAUGGACCUGACCACUCAACGAGCAGUCCCCACCACACCUAUCUCCUUAGGCAAGACUGCCUCUCUCCUAGUCCUGAGUAUAAAUCCUGUGCAUAGAUUCCUCCAGAAAGGCAUCAAAAGGCUCAACAAACUGAAUAUCCUCUUGGUCUGCGAGUUCAGUUGCAAUGAGGAUGAAGUCACUAUCCUAGAGGCUGCUUGGCCCAGAAGAGCCAAGCACAGAGCUGCAGUUGGGCACGCCGAGGAUUCCAAAGGUGGAAUGAGAGAGUAGGGUCAAAAUGUCACAGUAUUUGCUCCAUAGGUUUCUGUUUUUAAUUUCAAUGUUAAAUACAACUACAAUAUGAGCGAGAACUGCAUUUUCUUGGGUAUUGAGACCUUGUACCAUGGACUUGAGACCGCCUUGCAGCCCUAUACUGCACAAGCGUGUACACCCCCUGGGCAGCCUCAAAACCCCGCUUACAGCAGCAACACAGGAGAUCAUCUGUCCAUUUUAGAACCAUUGAUCUCUUUAUCCAUUGCUGAAUGACUGUGACUAUUCAGUAAUGAAAUAAUAGUAAUUAAUUUAUUAGUAUGGUAUAAUCUUUAAUACAUUUCGUGCCAAAAUGCAUGGUUUCCCACUUAGCAUUCAAAAUGCUGCAUAGAGAGUAGUUUUCAGUUUCUUAUGUACUCUUCGAAGUAAGUUGAAAAUCAGUUUCUACAUUUUAAUUCGUUUCCUGUUAAAUCUGUUGCACUCUCCAGGGCUGUCUUUUUUUCCAGCAGACCCCUGCAUGCAGUUGUGUAAGGACUUUCUCUAAUUCUUGUGAAUUGUCUCACCCGCAGUAACCACUGAACAUCAAUCAGCCCUCCACGGGGUUCUUUAGAUUUUUGGUGAAGUAUUUUGUUACCUCAGUCUUGUAUCAAGUUGCUGUAUUUUUCAGCUUGUUACAUUGAUGAUAAUUAUUUCACUAAUUAAAUAAUGUACAAACAUCUUUGUUUACUUUGAAAUUAAAUGUGUUUUCCAAUGAA